GUUUUGCAGUAGGGAUGCAGUACUGGUCUUCCUUGGUCAUCCAAAAUCCUAGUCAUUCCCAUUAAUCAUGUGGCUUCGACAAGAGUACAAGCCUGAAAAACAACGGUUCGAAAAUCCAUUUGAACUUGAAGUUGACAGGGGUUCUGACGCUGAUCGAUCUGGAGAAGGGGACAACGAACUCUACAAUUGCAUGCCUCUCAUAAAACUUCGACAGAGCUAUACAGCUCUUGGAACAACUGUUUGGGAUGGAAGUAUUGCACUCGCUAAGAUGUUCGAUAAUCGAGAUCUAUUUCCUUUACACUAUUUGCAGGAAUGCCGAGUUUUAGAGCUUGGAUCUGGCUGCGGUUUAGUAGGAAUUUAUUUGUGUUUGUUAGGUGCGAAAAUGACCGUUCUAACUGAUCAGAAAUGUUGUGUAAAAACUCUUGAAGACAACGUGGCAGCAAAUGUGACUGGAGUUGGUCGGAGUAGAAUCAAGGUUGUGGAAUAUUGUUGGGGGAAAAGCACAGAAGAUUUAACAAAAGAUGGUCUGUUUCAUCUCAUUCUCGCUGCAGAAUGCCUUUAUUUAGCGGACGACUCUGUGCUACUCGCUCGGUGCAUCACAAAAUUAGCAAAACCUGGUUCACGUAUUUACGUAUCAAUGGGAAGGAAUCGUGGAGGCGAGGAAGCGUUUGUGAAAACGAUGGCAGAUCAAAGUUAUGACUUCAACGAGGUAUGGAAGUUAGAAACACUGCCCAACUGGUUAUACAGUCGAACCCCAAUCUAAAAAUUUGAUGAGCCAAAAUGUAUCAUUUGAUUUAAACCACGCAAGAAAUAAAGUACAUUCUCCAAUGAAUGCACUUCAGUGUUAACAUUUGCCAAAAGUAUUUACAAAAAUGUUUUGCUACCUGAAGUGCUAUCUGUCAUUGUCAUCAAAUUGUUUCAGUAAUUCAGCUUUGUGUGAUGGGAAAACAUUGUCAAAGAUCUCAAGAGGGACUAUUUCUUUGAGACCAGAGAAUCAGGUCCAGAUAAUCAAAUAAUCUGGAUAACCAAGGUUUGAUUGUAUUGAUUUACUCAAACACCUCUCUCAUGACAUAGCCUCAAAAUCUUAUCAUUCAACCGUCUCACUCCCAAGAUCUCCUUACUGUCUGCCAUAGAAUUCUUAUGAAUUUAGUUCAGAGAAUUUGGUUUUGGAUCAACUAAUAAUCUUUAUCUCUACUCUGAUCACAUGCCUCCUUAAUUUUGUAUUGAUAUUGUGAGGAGAAAUCCUACCUUGGUCUCUCAUGCAAUCAGAAAUAUUGUACCAAUUAUGACACUGACAGCAUUUUUAGAUUCCAAAGUUUUGGAGUUAAGAUGAGAAGCUUCAGAUGUUCUUAAAACUUAACCAGGGAAUGCAGUGCUUGUUUGAAUCUAACUUAGCAACCUAAUUUCUUACCUCAGCGUAAUCAAAUCUCUCUCUUCUUUUUCCCUAACACUGUAAACCCUUAGCAUCCUAACAUUAGCAUGCACAUUCUCUAAGUAUGUUGUUCUGUAUACUGUACAUUUUCCAAGAGCUGAUAUGGAGAAUUUGUGUAAUAAUCAAGAGCUUCUUCAGUUGGUGAUCAUUUCCUUUAUUCUUGUGACCUAAAUGUGUGGUUCAAGGGUGAUAUUGCAAGGAGAAAUUAGAUGCUUGUCACUUUUAGGGGUCAAAGUAUUAAAAAUUAGGAGCUACGCUUAAAGAAAUUGUUCACUUAAAUAAAAAAAAUUAGUUUUCAUAAUAACCAAAACCAAAUUUUUUAUAGCAAGCUUGCAUGCUUUACACAGCUAAGCUCACAAAGGAGUUUUCAAAAUGAUGACAUUCACAAUUGAAUCUUUAGCACGUUUGAAGACCAUUUUUGAAUGAUUAAAUGUUAUUCUUUGGAAACAGAAAAAGGUAACAAGUAGCAAUAUAACCUGUUGCACCCUUAUAUUGGUAUUCAUAUAUUUUUCUCUCUACCUUUUCUAAGGUGCUGAUGAUGAGAAUUUGUUAUAAAAUCGGGAGCCUCUCAAAAGAAGUGAUCAUUUCUUUUAUUCACAUGAACUUAAUAAUUAAUUCAAUGGGUGAUACUGUGAGGAGAAACAACAAAAGUUUUUUGGAGUUUCUUUGAUCAAAGAUCCUCUCCAGAUUGAUCAGCAUUAGAAAACAUGUUUUCACAAAACAAAAUCACAAAAGGAAAUACAAACAGAGAAACUAUUUGGCAGUAAACACUGAGCUUUACUGAUCCACGGCAUGAUCAUCAUUAUCAUCAACCUUUUUCUCAUUUAGGUCAAAAGUAUAUUAACUUUUUAACCCCUAUAAGUGACUGGCUUCCAAUUUUUCUUCACAGUAGCACCCAUUGAAUUAAUAAAUAUCAAGAAAUUUCCAAUUUGCUGGGGCCAAAACAACAGAAUCUGACUUACAUGUAUUUACAAACACACUGUAAAUGGUACAAUCAAAGUUAUUAUCCUUUGUACUGCUCAGUGGUUUUUUGUACCAUUUAGUAUAGUUUAUUGCACAUGUUCAGCAAAACUUUCAGUUCAGGCUGGCUAUUCAUCAUGUUAGUGUCAAGUUUCCAAGGUACAAUGUCAGCACUGUAAAAUCUCUCACCUGGAUACAGAAGUCUCUUAACCUUUUUCCAUCAUUUUCAUGAGAUCUAGAGUUUUUUCCUCAAAGUUUAUCAUAGUUUUUCAGUCUGUUUGAAUAUAGUUUUCUUUGUAUGUACUUCUUUGUAUUUAAAAUGACUUUAAACGGUUUUAUGCAUUGCUUCUAUCAUUUACUCUGUCUGUUUUCAUGGCUUUGCUAUGCAUCAUUUUAUCUCCAAGCCUUGUUAUCAUCUCAUUGCUUUGCAUCAGUAAACUUUGUUUACAUCUUUAUCUUUGAGAACCUUAUUAUUGUGGCUACUGUUUCUUAACAUGUGUAAAAGAAUUUUGUUUUAACAUGGGAUUAUUCAAUCAUCCUGUGAGUGACGUCCCACAUUCACACCCAGCUUGUUUUAAACAAGUAAAUACUAGUUUAAAACUCACCAAAAACCAUGAUACUAUAAUAAAACUGCUACUGAAGGAAAAAAUUAAAAAAGAAAAAAGUUGUAUCAGGUAUUUGGGACAUACUUCUCCUUUAAUCUCCUUGAAUAAAAAUUAAAAUCCUCAAGAAGAAUAUCAAAAUUAUGGGAAUAAGAAAAAUGUCAAUAGAAUUGGAAAAUAAUUGUGUGAAGAUUGACCAUUAAGUAAUACUGAAUCCUUGUUAGAGUCUCACUGUUAUUUGCCUCCCUUUUCGACCACAUUUACAUGAUUGCUUUGUUUUACAAGCAUGUCAUUUAAGAUGCAUCAUUCUGACGUGUCAAAUUAAAUGUUAUUGAGAGGUAGGCUAUUCACAAUGCAACAAGACUGGAAUAAUGUCAGGAAGUAAAACUGGAAAAUAAUCCAAGUAAUGUCAAUGCAUACUAGUCAAUUAAUGCCAACCUUACUUUUCUUUUGCAGGUCCCUAAAAAUGAACUUCACCCAAAAUACCAGGAUGAUGUAAUAAAAAUUUUGGAAUUCAUACUUAAAGUUUGACUUGCUAACUAAUAAAAGUAACUGAAAAAAGUUAAAGUUGUGUUACUGUUCAUACAGAAUCCCAUAAGGUUACAAGUCCUGAAAUGGUCGAAAUUCAGUGAUUUAGGUUCAUAAAUUUGUCGAAGAACAUUCUGUUCAUGUUAUGAGUUGUGGUUAAAUUCUGUGAUUUAGGUUCAUAAAUUUGCUGAAGAACAUUCUGUUCAUGUAAUGAGUUGUGGUUAAAUUUUUUGUUUCUAUUUGACAUGUUGCUAAUAAUAAUUUCUAGCAAUAGGGAAGACUCAGAA